ACAAUGACGUUGCUCAGUGUCUACUAGUAGUCUGUUCUGCUGGGCGCUCCUCGCUUUCUUUCAGAGAGCCGCUUUUCUUAACUCAGCCCCGGGAAACCAUGUCCGAGCAGGCCUCGGGACCCACCCAGCCGCCUCAACAAGACGGGGUUCUGCAGCAGUGCGCGGCCGAGCAGGAGCAGGAGCAGGAGCAGGAGCAGGAGCAGGAGCAGGAGCAGGAGCAGGAGCAGGAGCAGGAUCGAACUGACUUCCUGAAGCUCAAACAACAGCUGGAGAUGGAGUUCAACCAGAAGCGGGCCAAGUUUAAGGAACUCUAUCUGUCUAAAGAAGAGGAGCUGAAGAGGCAGACUGCUGUACUGGAGAAGGCCCAGGCAGAGCUGAGCAGUGUGCAGACGCAGCUGGAGGAGGCUAAAGCAGAGAUGGAGACCAUCAAAGCGGUGGCCACUGUCUCUGAGAGCACAAAGCAGGAAGCCAUCGACCAGGUCAAGCAGCAGUGGCAGGAGGAGGUGGCAUCACUGCAGGCUAUUAUGAAAGAUGCAGAGCGGGAAGUUAAGUUGCAGUUCCAGCAGAAGCUGGAGCAGGAGCGCGCUCAUUGGACACAGUACCGCGACGGGAUGGAGCGAGAGGUGGCUGAGCUCCGCCGCCGUCUCUCUGAGGGACAGGAGGAGGAGAACUUGGAGAACGAGAUGAAGAAGGCUCAGGAGGACGCAGAGAAGCUACGCUCGGUGGUGAUGCCAAUGGAGAGUGAGAUUGCAGCGCUGAAGGCCAAACUGUCAAGCUCAGAAGAUCGAGUUAAGGAACUCGAGGCAGCGAAGGUGAAGGAGCUCAAUCACGUCCUGAAGGCUGAGAAAUCAUGCCGUACAGACUUGGAGAUGUAUGUUGCCGUCCUCAACACCCAGAAAUCUGUCCUUCAAGAAGAUGCAGAGAAACUUCGGAAAGAACUACAUGAAGUGGUUCACCUGCUGGAGUUGGAGCGGCAACAGCACAAUCAGCUGAAACACACUUGGCAACGUGCCAACGAUCAGUUCCUGGAGUCACAGCGGCUGCUGAUGCGAGACAUGCAGCGCAUUGAGAGCGUUCUGUCCUCCGAGCAGCUGCGGCAGGUGGAAGAGAUGAAGAAGAGGGACCAGGAAGAGGAUGAGAAGGAAAGAUUGAGCCAGGCUAAAGAGGCCAGUGAGGAUGAUGGGACGGAGCAUGCAGAAGCAGUGGAAGACUCUCUGCUCGGACUCUCCAUAGAAGAGUCCCACCUCAGUCAGAGCAUCCACAGCUCUUUACACUCUCUGGAUGCAGACACCCCGGGCCGCCCGGACGGCUCUGACCCUUAUAAGGAUGGGCUUCGGAGGGUGCAGUCCACCGACAGCCUGGGUUCUUCAGGAGGGGCCCUACAGACUCACGGGCUCGGAGGACACAACAACAAGGCCAAGUCAGCCAGCCAGCUGGACGAGUCUGACUUUGGUCCUCUAGUGGGGGCAGACUGUGGGGGCUUUGACAGCAGGGACACCUCCUCCAUAUCCUCCCUCCAGCCAGGACACUUUCUCCUCACCAAGGACCAGGAGAAGGCCAUUAAGGCCAUGACCCCAGAGCAGGAGGAAACAGCAUCACUCCUGUCCAGCAUCUCUCAUACUGCUGAUACGGCUUACCUGCCUCCGUCUGGCUACCGACUGGUCAGCGAGAGCGAGUGGAAUCUGCUGCAGCAACAGUUGAAGAACGCUGGAAGGAAGUUGGGGCGGCGAUGUGAUAUGUGCUCUAAUUAUGAAAAACAGCUGCAGGUCAUUCAGGGACAAGAGGCCGAGACACGAGAUCAGGUUAAAAAGCUUCAGGCCAUGUUGCGGCAGGCGAACGAUCAGCUGGAGCGGAUGAUGAAUGAGAGACAGGAGUUAGAGGACUCUGUCAAACAGGCCAAUGAGGAAACUACUGCCAAGAUCUCCGUGUUGAAACAGAAAGUUCAGGAGUCUGAAUCUCUCAUAAGCGCUCUCCAACAGGCCUUCAGCCAGGCCAAGAGGAACACCCAGGAACAGAUGGCUGUGCUGCUACAGUCCAGAGAGCAGGUGACUGAAGAGCUGAACAGACUGCAGAGAGAUAAUGAGAGUCUUCAGGGUAAACACAGAUUUCACAUGACGCUGCAGCAGCAAGAGGACUUUCACAUGCCUACCACUGUACAGGAACUUCAGAAGCUGGUGUUGCAGUACAGGGAGGACAUUAUUUCUGCGCACACAGCAGCAGAGCAUUUGGAGGAGAAGCUGAAGGCUGAAAUUCUGUUCUUGAAGGAGCAGAUUCAGGCAGAGCAGUGUCUCAAAGAGAACCUGGAGGACACUCUACAGCUGGAGAUAGAGGGCUGUAAAGAAGAGAUCGACAUCCUGGAAGCAUCUUUUUCCAGCUUGAAAACGGAACUGGAAAGAGUGAAGAGUGAGAAGGAACAGCUGGAGAGCAGCUUGGCAGAGAAGAGCCAGAUGCUGGAGAGUGUCCAGGGCCUGAAGAACAGGCUGGAGGAACAGUUAAAAGAUACCCUCGGCAGCAAGAGUGCUUUGGAGACUCAGGUGUUUGAAGAGAAAGACAAGGCGCAGAGACUUCAGACAGAGCUGGAUGUCAGCGAGCAGGUCCAGAGAGAUUUCGUCAAGCUGUCCCAGACCCUUCAGGUGCAAUUGGAGCGCAUCCGGCAAGCGGACUCAUUAGAGCGGAUCCAUGCCAUCCUCAACGACACCAACUUUACGGACAUCAGCCAGCUUCCCGAGACAUGAUGUCACUUCCUCCUUAUGACUCCAUUGUGCACAUAAACACACACACUCCACCUGUACCCCAGAUCUUUGGCCCGACUCCAUCAAGAUAAACCGAAUUGAGCGAGGAUGACUUGAGUGAACACUACUGAUUCCUACUACUGCUAUCCAGCUCGCACAUGCGUUCUCAAGAGCACGAAAAGACUCCCGUCUCAACUUGAGUGAAGGGUUUGUCCCUUCUAAUGCAGUCUCCAAAACCAGAUCCCGGGAAGAGAUCUGUCAAUCUUUCAACGAACGCUGCUUUUAUUCCUCAUUCAGUUCAGGAAAUGAGAAAAUGGGUCCGUUUCCCAAGUCCUAUUCCCAAAGUUCCCUUCUCUUCCGCCUUUCCUUCUCUUCCUUCCUCGUCUUUCCAUCUGCUAAGCUAGCAGCGGUGACCUAUGAAGGAAACGGACACUUCUGAAGUGUUUUGUACAUACUUGUAUACAGAUUAUUUGUGUAUAUUGCGUUAGUUAAGUUAAUACACAAGACUGUGAUUCCCUUUUGACCCGCCUCCUACGUUUUCACAAGCGACACUGUUUCUCCUCGUCCGCCAAUCAUUUCACUGGGAUGUAAUUACUAGCUGCUUUGUCAUAUCGCUUUUCAGCAACAUCCGUCUUAGACCCUCCCAAGUUCUCCAUAGUCCGUGUUGUUUUCCACUUCCUGGCAAUUUAACAAAAUUGGUGACCUUUGUUUGAAGUUACUGCUACAUUAGACUGAUGUUUCUGCAUAUUUUUGUGUGCAAGUGUGUGUUUUUUCUUUCAGAAGGAUAUUGCAAACAGUUGCAGUUAACGUCUGGUUUUGAUAUUCGCUUGAUUUGUGUUGAGUGUACGGCUACAGCACUUACACUGACCGUUUUAGAAAGUGUUUUAUUCCUCAUUCUGCUGUUUGUAUAUUAAUGAAAGCACACUAUGUUUAUGAUUUGCAGUCAUUGGGAUGUCCUGUGGGACUAAGGGGCAUCUUGUGUACCUUGUUAAAGGGUAUAAUAAUCUGUCUGUGUUGGGUGUGGUGUAAACAGAAUAGCGUAUGGGAUUCGCAAAACCAAUGUUGAUCAUGUUGACCUUAAAUUCUCAACGCGGCAUAGUUUAAAUCAUAUUGAGAAGAUGAAAACAUGAAAAGGGCUAAAGGUUUUAAAUAAUUUUCUUGCUCAUGUCUACUUUAAAAUAACAGACACCAGGCGAUGUAACUCAACUACAGGAAACAAGUGUGUGUGAUUUAUAUUCAGUUGUCUAAAUGCCAAAAAUCUGUUUAUUUUUUACAAGACCAAGACCAGAAGUGGCAUGUGAUUUUUGGCAUGGUCUUUUUAAAAUAAAAUUAUAUAUAUAUAUAUUAGUUCAGGCUGUAGAGUUAACUUAAAAAAAAAAAAAGUUUUGAUAAAAAAAGAAUGAAAAUUGGCUGAAAUUCUGAAACGCCACCAACAAAAGGAUAGUUAAAAGCCCUCUACCUGCAUGUUGAAAAUUAAGUCUGCUAAUUUUGUAAUUACAACCACUAUCAACUACAUCUGAUGAGUACACAGAACUUUAACAACGCUACUAUAGUAUGACCAGUGCUGCUGUAGUGAUCUGAUGAUGAUGAUGAUGAUGAUGUUGAUGAAGCUCUCCUGUGUGAAAAUGUGCAUCAUAUUAAGACCAUGUGUUGUGGAUUUUAGUAUCAAGUAAGCCUCAUGUAAUUGCUACUUCAAUGGCUUCUUGUGUUUUCACUAGCGCAACAGAAGCGAUUCACUUCAGUGUAGUCUUGACGCCAGAAUAUUUUAGGAACUACAUUUUUCAUUAGCAGAUCAUUUUUGAACUCUAAUAACUGAUGUGGGGCAAGGAGAGACUACCGUUUUUAAUGAAAAUUAUGUUUUAAAAAGACUUUUCUCCUGUCGGUAUAAUUUAUCAUUCAUGAGUCAUUUCUACUGGGUUUGUGAAGAGUAGUUCAGAUACUUUCACAAUAA